AUGAACAGCAUUGUCAUAUUUUUUUGAAAUACUCAGAAAAUGAUCAGCUCGUAUUUAGCAUUUCUUUUGGAAAAUUCAUCCCUUGUACUGGAUCGGAUCACUGACCUGUUCUGUUAGUACACACCUUGAGCUUCCAGUGCCUCAUAUGCCUCCCAGGAUUUGACCACUGCUGCUCAGAUGGGGUGCAGGUGCUGUAGAAUGAUAAAAAGGUACAUCUUUGGACCAGCUAUUGUAGAACUACCAUCCACUGUGAGAAAUGAAAUCAAUUGUAAAAACAACGACAUUAAGCACGAGACAACAUUUCACAAUAAUAAGGACAAAACCAACAAUAUUGUUGCUUCAACUUUGGACAAGGUAAUAAACUUGGAAGAACAAGAUGCAGAAAUAGAAAUAAGGGAAAGUAAUGCAUCGAAGAAAAAUAUAGUAUCUGUACAAAAUAAGAUAGCUGAAGAUGUUAAAGACAACGCUAAUAAUGAUGCAACAAACAUGCUGAAUAAUAACCAAGUACAUCAAGUGUCAAGUGGAGCUGCUGCACAUCCCACUGAUACAAAUAAUUGCUCCUCGUACAAUAUAAAAGCUAUGAAUAAAAAUGAACAGGUACAUCCCCAUGGCUCAGGAACUGAAAAUGAUUGUCCAACAGUCAAUCGACUCUCUACACAUUGUCCUGCAGAAGUUAGUGCUGUUGCUCUGGAAGAAGAGAAAGUAGCAGACAAUCAUGAAAUUGCCAACAUGAAUAAUGAUAAAUUGCCAUCCAGAGAAAAUGAUGAAGUGUACCAAAACAAUUUGGAAACUGACCUUGAUGAAAUCAAAGUUUUAUCCAACCCAUCUUCUAAUGAAAAUCCUAAUGCCUUGAAUGGACACAAAGAUCUAGAAAGCACUCGUUCUGCCAUUGAUGGUGAAUUCAUCAGGAGUUUGCUUGAAGAGAAAUUCAGGUUAGAGUUUGAGGAUGCAGAGGUGGCAGCUGCCCUUGCAGCACUGGAGGCUGCAACUGCUGGGGAAGAUGAUGAGCUGGAGGACUAAGCAAUCUGUGUCAUUGAACCAGAGUGGACCUGAUGACUCUAACAUAAAGUUGGGUUUCAAAUGACAUUUCAGGGCACUUCAAGAUCCUGAAGAGUUUGAUUGAUAUACUAGAAAGGACAUGGGCAUUGUUGGCAAGGGCAUUUUUUUUUUGAGAAGGUAUUGGUGAAUGGCCUUCUUGAAGUGAUGCAGUCCAAGUAAUGAUGGUACUUCCAUAAUGGUGUUGCAUAGGGAGUUUCUUACAGAAAAUUAUCCUUUAAAUUGUCUUGUCUUCUUUGAUCGGAUUAGAUAGGAUACACUGUACUGAUCAUUUUCCCAUAAGGAUAUUGACUAUAUGAAAAGAUUGUAUGCUUUAAUGCAGUAGAAAUGAGAACAUAGGGUCCCACCACUUAUAUCAGGUAUGCAUUUCUUUGGUAUGUGCAAAGAUCUUUGUUCCGUUAUUAGAUGUAAAACAACUUCAGUCAAAGUCAAACAAAUUUAAUAAAUAUUGCAUCUUAAUUCACUGAGCUAGAGAAAGGUCUGAAAUCCAAGAGCAUGUGAUAGGUUGGUCCACAACUGCGAUCAUAGAAUGAAAAAUUAAAAUUUAUACUGCAUCCUAUAGUAAAAAUACAUGCAACUGGAAUGUUAAUAAAAGCAAACGAGGAGCGUAACAAAGUAAUUUCACAGCUUGAUAAGAAGCAAACUGAUGUCUAUGCCAGGAUAUUUCUGUCUGAAAAUAGAUGGAACAUUUAAACAGGGACUUUAAAAGUGAUAUCAAUGCAGGACAAUUAAGUCAUAUGUUUGGCUUCUACAAGUUCUAAACUGCAAGUGAUGUGGACUGCCUUAUUAAAGCUGCCACAAAUGAUUAUUUAAUGAACCAGACGUCAUGAAAAGUUUUGUAUAUACUGCAAUAUAUAUGUUACAUAUGUAUUAGUUGUGAAUGAAAACUCAUUAUUCUGACAGGAAAUGGCAAUCAGCAUUCUGAACUAAAAGUUCAGAAGCGGUCAGCUGAGAAUUUUAUAUAAUAAUAUUUUAAAUAGUUUGAAACGUAAUUUUUUCUACAACUAAUAUUUUAUGUGAAGUUCAAAAUGCAGCAUGCAUGGGUUUGUUAACAAGUAGCAGCAAAGAAAAUAAAUUAAUCACUUUUACACUUAAAACUCUGUUAAAUGUGAAAAAUAUUCACCUACACAACAAAACAUGAAACGAACUAUCAAGCAUUAAAAAUUAAAAGAAUCUAACGCGCAAUAAAACAUUUUCUGGAAGUUCAAAUCCACCAACACAUCUUACAAUACACUUUGGGAGAUUCCCAUAGGAACAUCAUGAUCUCUUCAUCAUACUUGGCAUUUCUUUGUAAUAUUUUCCAAAAGUUUAAGUGCUGAGAUAUUUACUGUAAGCAUCAAGUACUGCUAGAUUCCAAGCAUAAAAUUAAGUCAAUAGUCUAUCACUCUGGAGAUACAAUAAAGGAUCAACAAAAAAUGUAGGCGCCCAUCACUGCUGUUUAGUUUUGAUUCCAAAUUACUCCCUACAUUUCCAUGAAUAUAUGAAAUAUUCUUAUAUAUUUGGCAUAUUCUUAUUAGUGGAUUGCAUCCUUGUUUAUACCAAAAUAGUUGCCAUUAAAGAAAGUUGGCAGACAAUAAGGAAUUAAGGCAUUACAAUAAGGGCCCACCGGGGUGAAAUCAGGCUGUAACAAUUAUGGAAACACAAGAGACUGCAAAUGUUGUAAGCAGAAGCAAAACAAAAACAAUCUACUAGAGGAACUCAGUGGAUCAGACACCGUUUGAGGAGACAAAGGGAUGAUUGAUAUUUCAGGGCUCAGAGUGUAGAGGGGAGAUAGAAAGUAUAAAGAGGUAAGAUGGAAGGGUGAGGUCGAGGAUGGAACCAGGUGAGGGAGAUAAUGAGCAUAUCGAGCCAGAUAGGGAGAGGCAAUGAGCAAUCUGUUGGAGGAAAUUAACGGCUCAAGCAGCAUCAAUAGAAGGAAAGGAGUUAUUAGCAUAUCGGAUAAAAACCAUACAUCAGGACUGAGUGUGAAGAGACAAGAUAGCUAGUACAAAAUUGGAAAACUCAAUAUUCAUAUCAUUGGGUUGUAAAGUACUCAGGCAAAUGUUGUUACUCCAACAUGCAUUGGGCUUCACCCUGGCAGUGGAGAAGGACAAGAAUGGACAAGGCAGUGUGGGAAUGAGAAACGGAAUUGAAAUGGCAUGCAACUGGGAAUUUGGGAUGGCCACUGCACUCUCUCAGAAUUGUUGCAGGAUUUAAACCCAAAAUAUCAACACCGACUUCCCACAAACGCUGCUCAGCUUGCUGAGUUCCUCCAGCAGAUUGUUGCUUGAACUUUAAAAUGAACAUAGGAACAGAGAUCAAAAUUGACUUUUUCUGAGGGUAGCAGGAGAAGCUGAUAAUGAUGGAAAAUCUUAUGUGGAACACCUGCACCAGGAUUGCUACUGAGGUGGCUCACAACCUUUCUCCCAAAGGCAAUUAGAGGUUCUGGCCUGCAGUGACACCCGGAUACCAAAAACGAAUUAAAAUAAAGAGCUCUAGCCAAAGCUAAUUAGUAAAGCAAAGGGAAAAGAUUAAAAUUACUUAAAUCAAAGGAGGAACCUAUAAAUAAAAGGAGGGAGCACAAGUCAUUUUCCUGAAUGACAGAUUAGAAUAUACAAGGUGACAAAAUAAGACACAAGAUAUUAAAUCUACAGCAUGCAAUGAUUUCCACUUGAAGAUUAAUGACUAAUUUGAAGAUGCAUUAGUUAUAUUGCACAUAUCAGUUUAACAACUGAAAUGGAAGAACGGAAGAUUAGAUGCCAUUCCAUUAUUUAUGAGAAAGAAUGGAAAUCAGGCAACAUGUUAAAAUUAAUUCAGUUAUAGGCUGAAAUACUAAACUUACAAAUUUUCAUUUUCAUUCCACAUUGAAUCAUCUAUAUUAACCUUAAUAUUUCUCAUUAGAUGCUGAGUUUUCUCCCACAUUAUUGAAACCAGCUUUAAUUCCCACCGCUGUGGAACAGAUGCAUGCAGCAAUCUGAACGCACAGUGCUUUGAAAACGUAUUCGGCCCCCAACCCUUUGUUCACAUAAAUGAGUAUUGCAGUUAGGGAUUUUGAUCAGUUUAACUGAGAAUUUUUAUUUGUGAAUCAUAUACUCCUUUUUUCGCAGUACAGCCCAAAAAACAGAGAAAAUUGUAAAGCAUGAAAAACUAAGAAUUCAAAAGCUGAAUUUUCAGCUGUUCAAAAGUAUUCAUCCCGCUUUGCUCAGUAGUUAGUUAAACCACCUCUUGCACUUAAUGUCUUUUUGAAUAAAUCUCUAUUAGCUUUCCACAACAUGAUGUAAUAAGAUUUGCCCAUUCCUCCGUGCAAAAUUGCUCAAGCUGUGUCAGGUAAUUUGGGGAGUGGCAGUGGACAUCAAUCUUGAGGUCUUGCCAGAGAUGUUUGAUUGGGCUAGGGUCAGGACUCUGACUGGGCCACUCAAGGACAUCAAUUUUCUUUAUUUGAAGAACUUCAUGUUUGCUCUGGUGGUGUGCUUUGGGUUGUUGUCCUGCUAAAAGACAAACUUCCUCUGCAUUUUAAGCUUUCUGGCUGACGAUAGCAGAUUUUUAUCCAGAAUCUCUCCAUAGUUAAAAGCACAAAUCUUCCUAUCAACCCUGAACAGUUUCCAGUCCAUACUGCUGAGAAGCAUUCCCAUAACAUGAUGCUACUUCCACCAUACGUUACAGUAGGGAUGGUGUUACCUGACUGAUGCACUUACUGUUGAGGCCAAAAAGCUCCACUUUAGUCUUAUCCAAUGACAAGACUUUCAUCCACAUCUUUACGGUAUCUUCUAAGUGACGCUUUGCAAAGUUUUUAAGGGCAAGAAUAUGCUUUUUUUUAAAAGAGCCACUGCUUCUCCUUGCCACUUUUCCAUAAAUAGAGAUUGUGGAGCCAUGAAUAUCAUCUCCAGUUGCAGCCACUGGCUUCUGCAGACCACUUAGCACGACGUCACAAUAGCCUCUCUUACAGGUGCCAUUCUUCUCUGGCAACAAAGUUUAGAGGAGCAGUCUGACCCAGGCAGUGUGGCAGUGGUUUUGAGGUAUGUUCAACGUCUUUGAAGUGGUCUUGUAUCCCUCUCCAGGUCAUUGCUUCUCUAUUAUAAUUUCCCUGACUUGUUUUGAAUGCUCUUAGGUCUUCAUUUUCAUUUGGCCUUUUUGAAUAUCUACCAUACUGUUGAACCUUACUGACAGAGGGGGCAUUUAUUCUUAUGAAUUCAUUGAAAAAUAGUUGAUCUAAUUUUCUACAUCAGCAAAUUGGGUCAGUUGACAAGGUAAUACCUUAUAUUGCAUCUGAGGAAAGUUAGUGUAGAAAUUAUGAAGGGGAUAUAUACUUUAUCAGCAUCACAAUUUUGUCUUUUUUAAUUUUUAGUAAAUUGAAUGGUUUUGAAACUUUUCUUUCAAUUUGACAUGAUUCACACUGUUUUGUAGAUAAGCUCAAAAAAAAUCCUACUUCAAUAUUUUUCAAGUUUAGAAAAUGAAACAGUAAAAUGUGAAAAUAGUUGUUGGGCUCCCAAACACUGAGCACAUCUAUACGAAAUGCUGUCAUAGGAAAGCAGCAUCCAUCAUCAGAGAUCUCCACCACCCAGGUCAUGCUCUUUUGUCGUUCCUGCCAUCAGGUAGAAGGUACAAGAGCCUCAGGAAUCGCACCACCAGGUUCAAGAACACUUAUCGCCCCUCAACCAUUAGGAUCUAGAAUAGGAGGAGAUAACUACACAUACUUGCCCAUCCAUUGAGAUGUUUCCACAACCAAUGAUAUCACUUUAAGGCAUCUUUAUCCUGUUAUCUCAUGUUCUUGUUAUUUAUUGCUAUUUAUUUAUAUUUGUAUUUGCAUAGUUUGUUGUCUUCUGCACUCUGGUUGAUCUUUCAUUGAUCCUGUUACAGUUACUAUUCUAUAGAUUUGCUGAGUAUGCCCGCAGGAAGAUGAAUCUCAAGGUUUUAUAUAGUGACAUACAAUAUAUGUACUUUGAUAAUAAAAUUUACUUGGAACUCUUUUUCAACACACUGUGUAAGAUUUCUGUCAUCAUGAAACAUCCUUUGGUAAAUUAUCAACACCUUGGAAUAAAAAAGAACUUAAACCUUACAAGGAGAAUAAAGAGAACAAGAGAUUUUCAUGCAAAAAGUAUGACAAGAAAGUUAAGUGCUUUUUAUAUGAUGUAAGUUGUGAU